AUGGGCCAGUGGUUAACGUACAUGCGCCCAAAGCGCACGGAGCACAUUUCCAUUGAACGGCUGGCGGAGGAACUCCGCAAAGCUACGUACGUAGUAGCGCUGACUGGCGCUGGGGUCUCAGCUGAGAGCGGCAUUCCCACCUUCAGGGAUCCGUCUGAUGGCUUGUGGCAGCGGUACGAUCCUGCAGUGUACGCGACCAUCUGGGGCUUCUGGCGGCAGCCCAGUAAAAUAUGGCAGUUGCUGCACGAGUUCCUGAAUGAGCGCGAGCCUGAGCCCAACAGGGCUCACUUGGCUUUGGCCCAGCUAGAGGCUUUGGGGAUCGUUAGGGCAAUUGUUACUCAGAAUGUGGACAACCUACACCAGGAUGCAGGCAGCAAGCGCGUCAUUGAGUACCAUGGAAACCUGAUGAGCGCCUCUUGCUACCGGUGUGGCGCCAAGAUGCAGCUAACAAAGCAAAUGGCAAGAAAUCCUUCAUUCAAAAAGAAACUUCCUCCCAAGUGCGGAUGCGGCGGCUACUUCAAACCAGAUGCCGUCUUGUUCGGCGAAGGCAUCCCCUCUAAAGCUGUGCGGGAGGCGAACAAGGAAGCCGACGCAUGUGAUUUGAUGCUGGUGGUGGGCACUUCGGCAACUGUCCAGCCGGCCUCAGAUAUACCCUAUAGAGCCAUGAAGAAGGGGGCUAAAGUAAUUGAAGUGAACUUGGAGGAGACAGGAUUGACUAACCGUAUAUCGGACAUGAUAUAUAUUGGCAGGGCGAGCGACUUGAUGCAAACGCUGCAGCUUCUUGAGCCGCAUCCUCCUGAGGCAUCAGCAGGCGACCCCGUCCCUGCAGAGGGAUUAACUGAACCCGCGGUUACUGAACCCAACGCGAGCGCAGAGUUAGCACGUGAACCCCCUGGGGAAAAUGAAUGA